CGGAGGCGGCUUCCGGUGGAGCUCUGAGGGGGCUUCCGGUGGCGCCGUGAGGGGAGGGAGGCGGCGAUGGCGGAGAUUCCGUUCACGCGGGUGGUGUCGGUGACCAGCGCGGAUCCGCGUCACCCGGCGGAGAAUCUGCUGAGGCCCGACGAUGGCGGGAAAUGGAGAGGAGCGACGGCGGGGGAGAAACAGCUGAGUGUGGUGCUGGAGCUGGGCGACACCAGGCCCAUCCACUCCCUGCACAUCGGCAACGACGGCGCCGCCUUCGUGGAGGUGCUGCUGGGCUGCUCUGCCGGGGGAGAGUUCCAGGUGCUGCUCCCCAGCUCAGCUCUGAUGUCACCCAGCGAGAGCCGGGCGGGGGCGGGGCCAGGCCGGGUGCGGCUCUUUGGGCCUCAGUCAUUGGUCAAACGCCCGGCCACGCCCACCGCGGCCACGCCCACGGCCAGGUACGACCGACUGCAGGUGGUGCUGAGCCAGCCCUACUGCCAGAGCCGCCCCUAUGGCCUGGCGUUCAUCAGAGCCUUCGCUGCCCCUGAGGAGGGUGAGGAACCGCCCCCGGCGCCGGUUCGCCGCCUGGGCGCGUUCACGCUGCGCGAGGAGGGGGAGGGGAGCCCCCACCGCCCCCCCGGGGCGCUGUUCUACCAACGCCCCUCCCCCACCGCAGGCCCCGCCCAGCCCCCGCCUGGGCCCAGCUACGCUGCAGCCGCUCUGCAGGAGACGGAGAGGGAUGGAAAUGGACAGCCCCCCAAGCGCCGCCUCCCCUCCCCCACCACCACCACCAACGGGACCCCCCAAAAAAAGCCCAAAAUACCCCAAAAAUCCCCCCCAAAAAAAUCAGAAACCUCCACAAAAAAUCCAGAAAACCCCAAAAAAACCUCAGGAACCUCCCAAAAAAAUU